AUGGAUAGUGAAGUUGUAAAAGCAUUUAAUGCCGAGCUUGUUUCUUUGUAUGAACUUAGACCACCAAUCAGUAAAAAGAAAAUUGUGGACAUAACAAAAGCAGCACUUAAAGCCAUAAAAUAUUAUAAACAUGUUGUGUUUGGCAUUGAAAAAUUUUUGUCCAAGUGCAAACCUGAAUAUAAGAUACCUGGUCUUUAUUGUAUUGAUUCUAUUAUUCGGCAGUCGAAGCAUCAAUUUAAAGAUAAAGAUGUUUUCGCACCACGAUUCGCCACAAAUAUGCAUAUGACAUUAAUAAAUCUCCUUUGUUGCAAGAAUGAUGAAAAAUUGAAAGUUGUUCGCGUUCUAAAUUUAUGGAAAUGCCAUGGGAUUUACGAUGAAGCUCGUGUCUCUCCCUGGCUUACUUAUUGUCAUAAUCAUCAUGGUUUAGAAACCGAUUAUAUGCAAGUGGAAAAAUCGGUCAAAGGAGAUCAAGCGGACUUAUCAAUUUAUCAUAGAGGGCAUGGAAAUAUUGAAAAAAAGAAGGGUGAGCCACACACGCCUCCUUUAAAGCAAAAUCGUGAAAAUACACCGGUGAUACCCUUUCGCGAGCCGAGUGACGAAUCAGUUGAAGGUGGUGUUAGCGAACGUGAGACAUUAGCAAUGCUAACAGGGAUGGGAUUAGAUUUAGGUGGAAUGUUCAGUAUGGACCAUGGAUUAUUACAAAAAGUUCACAAAAUAGUCAACGACAAGCUUGUUGAGCGACGUGAAAUCGAUUCUAGAAGACAAGGGAAUAUAAAGAAUUUAUUGUCCAAGGAAUUCGAUUAUAGCGAUGAAGACGAAAGCGAAGAUGAUGAAAACAGUCGUAAAUUGCAAGUUGAAACAAAGCCUGUUGAAUUUACAAAACAACAAAUCAUUGGGAUGGCAGAAGCAGUUUUACGUGAGGCUGAUACCAAAGAAGAAAUACAACGUAUGCAUAGUGAGCGUCUUACUGCUUUAAGCCAAGCUGCUGCUCGUGUACAGGCGUCAAAGCAAAGCGUCACUGCAUUAAAUGCGAUAGCAAAUCCAGUAACAAAUCCUGCUACAGCAAUUCCAAUUAAUAUUCCUCUUAAUCCAGCUCCAGAAGUAUCCAAUUUGAUAAAUACUACUUCUAUACCGAUUCCGCCACCUAUUGUGCAACCACAGUUAAUUCCUUCUUCUAUGGCAACUCAAUCAUUGCUUACAAAUACUUCACAGUCUCAAAUGCCACCUUUCACUCCCAAUAUUCCACCACCAAAUUUUAUGAAUAUUCUAUCUACAAAUCAGUCGAAUAUUCCUCCUCAAACCAGUGGUCGAGACAUGGAUGACAGAUAUGAAAUGGCUAAUGAUCGUGAUGACCGUGAUCAUAGAGAUCGGUCCAGAGAUCAUCGUGAUAAUCGAAGGAGAGAUCGAUCAAGAGAGAGAGAUAGAGAUAGAAGCGAUAGUAGGAAUUAUAUUGAUGGUCGAGCAUCAAAACGAAUUCGUCGUAGCCGCUCACGAGAUCGCAAUUAUAGUGAAAUGUAUCAUGAUCGUCGUAGUGGUAGUGAAGGACGGAAGGAUUCCGCGCGGAAUCGAGAUAAAGACAGGGAUAAUUCUUCGUAUCGCGAUAUGGAACGCCAUCGUCGCAAAAUGGGUCUUCCUUGGCCUCCCAAAGAAGGACAUGUAUUAAUUGCUUCAUGCACUCUUUGGUUUGGUCGUAUUCCACACAACUGUUCUGAAGAGGAUAUCCGUUUAUCGGUAGCAGAGGCCGGCGAACCAUCGCGGAUUAGUAUCAUCCACUCACGAGCAUGUGCAUAUGUUACAAUGAAAGAUCGCAAAGCUGCUUUUCGUGUCAUGGACCGAAUGCAAAAAAAUAUUCAAGUGGCUAAAAAAAAUGUUAAGUUAAACUGGGGUACUGGUCAGGGUUUGAAAGGUGAGAAAUAUAUGGAUUAUUGGGAUUCAAACAAAGGUUAUUCACUGAUUCCCUACAAUAAACUUCCGGAUGAUCUAGAGCCACUCUUGGAAGGUGGUCAUUUGGAUGUGGAAACGUUACCAUCGCAUCUUAGAAGCUUAUAUGAUGAGCAUGGUUUAAAAGGCAAAAAUAGAGAAGAAAUUAAAAUAUCUGGCACUGGAACAAAUAUGCAUCUACCUCCAACAUUACCUCCAUUUCCCUUUUCUUUGAAUCAAGCAACACCUCUCGGAGGUGCUCCACCAUUUUUUCCGCCUGGCGUUUUGCCUCUUCCCGGUACUUUUCCGUCAUUACCUCUCAUUGACAAUUCUGCUAUGCAUAUUCCACCAAAAGAGGGUCAGACGUCACAGACCGAUGUUUCAAGUUCAGGCCAUUUUAUGCCUACAAAUUUCGGUAAUCAACUUCCACCUCGUUUUCCCGGUAAUCGCGGUGGAUAUAUGAAUGCACCUUUUAAUAUGCGAGGUCCUCGUCCCGAUAUGGCAUUAAGCGUACCAAAUAUUGGUCGCCCAGUUCCACGAAUGAGUCGUCCAUUCUUGCACAAUCCACUUUUUCAGACAAAUGCCAGUGGUAGUCGAGGGCAGAAUUUUUCGUCAAAAGUAGUUGAUGAUUCAAUAAAUGAACCAGUUACAUCUACCACACAUGAUGAUGACACAACUUCAGCUGGUCAAGAAGAUCGGAAGAUGGAAUAUGAUGUGAGUUAUGCGCAAAAGACUAAGUGA